UUUCAACAAUCACAAUAUACAAGUCUAAAAAGGGUUUCAUUUUCUUCCUUGUUUUGCUUCAUUUUAGUAUUUGAAACCUUCAUUUUCUGAGUUCUUUUUCUCCAUUCCUUUGUAUUUAACUUACAAUCCAUCAUGGCAACCACCGUAUCAGCUUUGAAGCCUCAAUCUUAUGGAAAUUGUGUGACCAUCCUAAGCAUUGAUGGUGGAGGGAUCAGAGGAAUCAUCCCCGGAGUAAUCCUUGGAUAUUUAGAGACUGAGCUUCAGAAAUUGGAUGGUUCGGAUGUAAGACUUGCUGACUACUUUGAUGUGAUUGCCGGCACAAGCACUGGUGGCCUUGUGACUGCCAUGCUUACAGCUCCAAAUGAGAAGAAAAGACCUCUUUAUGCUGCGAAAGAUAUCAAGGACUUCUACCUUGAGGAGUGUCCCAAAAUCUUCCCUCAAUCAAAUCAUCUAUUCAGUGGAGUCGAAAACGUGGUGAAAUCAAUGACAGGACCCAGCUAUGACGGGAAAUAUCUCCAUUGCAUGCUCCGGGAAAAGCUUGGCCAGAGCAGAUUGCACGAUGCAUUGACUAAUGUUGUCAUCCCAGCUUUCGACGUCAAACUAUUCCAGCCCACCAUCUUCUCCAGCUAUGCAAUGAAGCGCUUUUCAAGUUUGGACGCCUUGCUCAGCGAUAUAUGCAUAUCAACUUCGGCUGCUCCUACUUAUCUUCCUGCCCACAAAUUCGAAACUAAGGAACCUGAUGGCAGCACAAGAGAAUUUCACAUGAUCGAUGGUGGCAUGGCGGCCAACAAUCCGACCUUAGUUGCUAUGGGCCAAGUGACUAGGGAGAUUAGUCGAGGAAAUCCCGACUUCGCCUCUGUCGGUUCAUCGGAUUAUAGUCGUUUCAUUGUUCUGUCCUUGGGAACGGGUACUACAAAAGCGGGAGGGUUUGAUGCUGAGGAUGUUGCCAAGUGGGGACUCUUGUCUUGGCUGACAAAUGCUAAUACAACUCCUAUAAUAGAUAUAUACACUCAAGCAAGUGGCGAUAUCGCUGAUCUUCAUCUUUCCACUAUUUUUCAAACUAUGCAGUGUCAAGAAAAUUAUCUGCGAAUUCAGGAUGACACGUUAUCUGGAGACCUGGGUUCUGUGGAUCUUGCCACAAAGGAAAAUUUAGAGAAUCUUGUCAAAGUUGGGGAGAAUUUGUUGAAGAAACCGCUUUCUAGGACUAAUUUGCAGAGUGGUGCUAGUGAGUCCGUGAACAAGGGCACAAACGAGGAGGCUCUCAAAAGGUUGGCAGCAUCACUCUCUCAGGAGAGGCGCCUUCGUCUUUCGAACAAGUCCAAGAAAUGAUCUUCUGAAGGCUCAACGCUGUUAAGUGUGAUAAUUUAUAAUUGAAGCACUUGUCGUAAAAAUAUACAUAUUAUACGUUGACUACGUAUGUGUAUGUGUAAAAUAAGUAAAUCCCCAAUAAGUGUCCGUACCAAUUCCGGGGAAGAGAUUGUAAUUUCCUUCCAGUGUUGCUGUAAUUUAUUUUCAAUAAUCAGGACUUUGAAAUUUGAAUAAUCAGCUCAUUGUACC